AUGCCAGCCUGCCGGGCGGUGUCACCAGGUCGCCACUCGGCCAGUGCGGCUGCGGCCAGGCAAAGGCGGGCGCCGAGCAGCAGGAGGGCGGCGCUGCCUGGGCAUGCGGCGCGGCUUCGCGAGACAGGAGCAGAUCGAGAGCCGGAUGCCGUACCGCCAGGAAGGCCUGGCUGCGGUACCGCUACUAAUGCACUUCGAAGAACAGCUACAUUUGAGGGACCACAGCCUGCAAGGCCACAUCCACCGCCGCAGGCGUUCCACGACGACCAUCGGUUCGCGGAGGAGGAGGGCAAGCAGGUGGCACCCUGCGCGUCCUCGCCCGGCGGCGCGCCUCACCGGCCUUGCCGCAUCCCCGCCUUGCGACGCCUCUGCCGCGGCCUCGCCUUGCCCAGCGGCGGCCGGCGUGGCCUCGACGGCUCCGCCGGGCUUGCUCCUCCAGCGACAGGGAAUUGCUCCUCCAAUGCCAUGUAA